GGGAGGCAAAAUUGGCCGCUCGCUCGUUCACCAGUUGCCAGUUCACCUCACCACACGCACGACACACACGUGUUUAACGGCACUUAUCUUAUUUGUUGCCUUCAUAUUUCGACAAUUAUUGGAAAAAUACGUUCCCUGUUAAAACUGGAUUGAUUGAAAAACAGCAAUACCGAAUAUGGGGAGGAAAAGACCAUUUAAUAAACUGUCAUUCCUAAUAGAAUGUGCAAUCGAGUUCGAGAAUGAGGAAGCCCAACGUAGAGCAGAAGAACAAUCACGGAGUCAGGAGCCUCCAGAACAGUCAGAUUCGAAAGAGGAGGACGAAAAAGAACCGGUCAAGCCAAAGAGUAAGAGUAGGAGGAACAAGGCGACUGGAGUUCCAAACUCGUUUAAAGAGACGUCGUCAGUAACUUCAACUGAUGAAUCCAUUCCAAGGCAUCAAAUGGAGUUAUUAAUGGACGUGGCGUCAUCCGAAGACAAUUCUUCAAAAGUUUCACCACUUUCACCAUUGGUCGAGUCAACCGUAGACUGUUCUGAUGCUAUCAUAGUGCAAUCAAUGGAACCUUCCUGCGAAGGAGUGUCCAUAUUGCCUCUAACCACAAAAACAAUAUCUGAGUUUUCCUCUGAACGGUGCAGACGCAGAGCAGAUGAACAAUCAUUAAGCGACGAGCUCCCAGAGCAGUCAUAUUCGAAGGAGGAUGACGAAAAAGAACCGGUCAAGCCAAGGAGGAGGAGGAAUAAGGCGGCUAGAGUUCCAAACUCGUCCUCAUCGGUAGCUUCAACUGAUGAAUCCAUUCCAAGACAUCAACAGGAGUUAUCAGUGGGUGUGGCGUCAUCUGAAGACAAUUAUUCCGAAGUUUCACCAUGGGAUUCAUGGGUCGAGUCAACGGUAGACUGUUCUGAUGCUAUCUUAAUCCAAUCAAUGGAACCUCCCUACCAAGGAUCGCCUCUAAUCACAAAAACAAUAUCUGAGUUUUCCUCCGAACGGAGUAGACGCAAUAUAAUCAAAUCUAUGCAGUCCAUCGCAUCAGAUUAUUCAGAUAAUGAGAAGAAAUCUCAUCCCAAUAUUGACACAAAGCAGAAUUCCAGCCAGAUAGCAGUAGUUUCUGGUUUUAAAGCGUGUGUACUUUGUGAUGGACGUUUUCGACCUAUUUCAUGCGACUAUAGCAAAUCGUCCAUUUCCAUUGGAGGCUUAAAACGAAGAUUUUGUGAAUACUUUGACAUUAACACGGCCGACUUUAAUCCUAACCUUGAUACAUUUUUACGACGAGACAAAUAUCCCUUUUGUCCUGAAUGUCUUGCCUUGGUAAACAAUCUUUAUCAGCGAGCGGAACAAUUCCGACGAGCUGUGUGUUCAUAUAAGGCUGCUAAGGCCAGCGUUCUCAACAAAGCGGUCAAUGCGGCCGAGCAACGGUCGAAGGUGGAUGACGUAGAUGCUGAUCCGUACUACUUUGUUAAACUUAAAGUGCUGCAAACCAAUUUAUUGUUAGAGGACGAUCCUGCUCAGAGUAUCACAGGAGAUGAAGAUAUCAAACAGAUUAUCAGUGAAGAGUUGUGUCUCUACCAAACCUCGGGAGAGCAAGAAUUUCUAAUGGAAAAACCGGUUGAUUUUGCUGGGGGGAGUGAAAGUGAUGCUACUGUAAAAAUACAAUCCCCCUCGCAGACAGCGGCGAUGACAUCACCUUGUCCUAAAAGUAUACCGAAAAGGAAGCGACCAAGUUGUGAUAGCUCAGAGGCUCGUCGUAAUUUUACUAGUCCUCCUUCCACCGACGGUGUAAACAAAUCUGCAGAAAAAAAAUUGUUAGAAAAGUUAGAUGAGGCGAGUACAGAUAAUGUGUCACCAUCAAGCUUGUCACCACCGGCAAGCAAGUUUAGAAAAUCGGUGAAGAAAGUUCGCUCCAAAGAGGUUCAUUGUCGUCCGGAGCUUACCUUCCCAAGAGGUAAACAUAAACGCAAAGAACCCAUCAUCGAUUGGUUGAAGGAGCGCACUCAUAGUCUUAAAAGAGGUGUGACAACUUACAAGACUUUGAUAACAACUAAUUUACAGAAUAUUCAAAAGAAACCUCAAGCGAAACUUGUGGUCCGAGAACUUUUUGCGGAUUCGUCUGAAUCUGAAUCUGACUCUGAUUAAAUGACGGCAAUUCAAAUACAAACAUGACCAUAAAUGACACCAUAAUACAUAAUCAUUGUUAGACUUAUUAUUAGCGCAAGGAUAUUGUUUACUGUAGAUUAUUAGUCUAUUUAAAAUGUAAUGACCUAUGACCUACAUGAAAAUUUAGAUUCAUAACAUUAAAAACGACUAAUUACUGAAUA